GACCAACGGACGGCGUUAGGGCGUCUGUGCAGCAUUGACCUGCCUUGUACUCCGGAAGGAGGACUGACCUGCGGGACUCGGGUGGAGUAACCAACAUUUCUGUUGCUCAACAACUCAAACAUUGGCAAUGGCACGAGUUACAGCCGCAGUAAAAGCGAGUGACACCGGGACAUAGUUGUAGUCUCGAAGUUCACACAAGGUGAGAGUCUGGGAUUCCAAACAAAGCUAAACUCUUGAGUUUACCUGUACGAAACUGCCCCGAGGAAAAGCGCGGCUGCAUACCGUUACCUGCUCAUCGCUGCGGCCACUCGGGUGCCUUACGUGCGGCUGUUGGUUGUCCGCGCAUUCGUCCCGCUUCAGGUAACUGUCUGGUUGUGCAAUCAGGGGAGAAAUAGACAAUGUGCUCGGCUGUAACCAGAGUGAAACCAGUCCAGGGGGUUUUGGCUCUCACGCUUCGCCUCAGAACAAACACCGAGGGCUCGAGUUACGCAGCAGCCGGGAGCAGGCGCUUCUGUCCCGGCGUAAGUACCGGCGUUGACCCGCUACGAGCUACCACUGGAAGGUAUUGCUCCGGGAUGGCGCAAACCAAAGGACUUAUCUUCAGACAGCUGUUUGAGUCGCAGAGCAGCACGUACACCUACCUGCUAGCAGACACAGAGACCAAGGAGGCUGUCCUCAUCGAUCCUGUGCUGGAGACUAUCAACAGGGACCUGAAGCUCAUACACGAACUGGGGCUCAAUCUAAAACUGGCAGUAAACACCCACUGCCAUGCGGACCACAUCACGAGCACUGGGCUGAUGAAGAAAAGGCUGGUUGGCCUGAAGAGCGCUAUCUCCAAAUUCAGUGGUGCGUCUGCAGAUAUACUCCUGUCGGAGGGAGACAAGAUCACCUUUGGAAAACAUUAUCUGACCGUGAGAGAGACACCUGGACACACUGAUGGUUGUGUGACACUGGUGUCCAGGGAUCAGAGCAUGGCUUUUACUGGGGACGCCCUGCUCAUCAGAGGCUGUGGCAGGACAGACUUCCAGCAGGGCUGCGCCAAGAAGCUCUUCCAGUCAAUCCAUCAGAAGAUUUUCACCCUGCCUGACCAGUGCCUCAUCUACCCAGCGCACGACUACUUAGGUCAGACGGUGUCUACAGUCGGUGAGGAGCGCAAGUUUAACCCACGCUUAACCAAGAGCCUGGAGGAGUUUGUGAACAUCAUGAAUAACCUGAAUCUCCCCAAGCCUGCGAAAAUAGAUAUUUCAGUGCCUGCUAAUCUAGUUUGUGGGGUACAUGAAGUUUGAAUGUCCUGCAAAAGGGAGGAUUCCAAUCAAAUCAUCUACAUCAUAUCAAAGUGAUUAACAUUUACAUAAUUGUAUUUAGCAGGAUUAAUCAAAAACUAUUGACCAUAAAAUGAUUUCCGGUGUGUAUGUAUGUAAAUUAAAGAUGUAUAUUUUAUUAGCUGUGGUCAUUUGGAGUGCAGCAGAUGCCAUUAUUGUGAUCAUGCUUAAAAUAAAAAUGCUGUCAUUUAUAUUUUAA